ACAAAAUGGGUAACCGAAGGCUGAAAAGGAGUGUGAGUUGGCAAUUGGCGUGAGGGCUUUGGGGGGCUGGGAACUAGCUCGGACACGCACAGAGACUCCAAGGCAAAAGGAGGACGAGGGGGAGGGCAGGAAAAGCAAAUCCCUGCAAAUACCCAUAAAACAUUACAUAAAAUGAAAGCAGGAGGAGGAGGAGGAAAGAAGAGGAACACUGACCCCGAGGCAUUGGCUGCUCCAAGUGAAGCUGCUGCUUCUGGUGGUGGUGACUCAAUGGCGGUGCCUUCGGGUGAAAAGGAUCAGACCCGGGAGGAGAAAGUGCAAAGGGACGAGCUUCAGGACCAAGAGGAAAGAGAGCCUUCUGUUGCUGCCGUCGCUUCUGCUGAAGAGGCAGAAGAAUACGCCGAGGAGGAAGAAGAUAAGAUUGAUGAGGAUGAAGCCCCUGUUGACGAAGACGCUGCGGCUGAGCGUCCCAAGCUCGACGACGGAUUCUACGAAAUUGAGUCCAUUCGCCGCAAAAGGGUUCGCAAGGGUCAGCCUCAGUAUCUAAUCAAAUGGCGUGGAUGGCCGGAGGCAGCAAACACCUGGGAGCCUUUGGAGAAUCUCCAGUCAUGCUCCGAUGUUAUUUAUUCAUUUGAAGAAAGUUUUCGUUCAGGAAAGCAUCGGAAACGCAAGCGCAAGCAUGGGACUCCUUUUACUCAACCUAAGAAGAAGCAGCAGCGUUCUUCCGUUGCUGCGUAUGAUUUAAGAGGUGUUGAAAUAAACGUUAUGACUGAAACUGGGAAAUCUGCCCCUCCCACCAAAUCAGGCCUUACCAAUCUUCAUCCUGUCCCUCAAUCUGCUCAUGAAGAAGAUAAUAAUGAGGAAAUUGAAACUGCCAUGCAAACAGUUGUUGAGAAUGGUUGUGGGAAUAUUUGUCAGCAAAUUGAUGACAGAAAUAAUGGAAAGGAAUAUGAUCCCAAGCUUAGUGAGCUUAAAACAACAGUGUUUACCAAUGAGGCCAACCUGGAAAAACUUGCAAUACAUUUCGAAGAAGGCAAAGCUUCAGAGGGUGAUGGCCCUGUAGACGGGGUACCCAAUGUUGGUUGCAUCGAACCAUUUCAGAGCAAUCGCCGUACUGGUGCUAAGAGAAGGAAGUCUGGUUCUGUGAAGAGGUUUAAACAAGAGUCAUGCUUGUGUGAACCCAUUGUUGCGCAUAAUGCAAGAACUAGAAGUGGUGGCUCUGGCAGUAGAUUUCAGCCACCAGGGACUGAAAAUCCUGGUUUCAUUGGGGAGAAUCCAAGUAGCAGGAAUGGGGUUAAUGGUUUCAAAAAUGCAUCUAAUAUCACCAGGAUUAUCAAGGCCAUAGGGUAUUCAGCUUCUGUAUCAAACAAUAUCCAGGAUGUGUCAGUAACCUUUACGGCUAUAAGGUCUGAUGGAACAGAAGUGACAGUGGACAACAAGUUUCUCAAGGCUAACGAUCCACUUCUGUUGAUCAACUUUUAUGAGCAACAUCUGCGGUACACUCCAUCGGUGGACAGAUGUAUAGAAGGAGAGUGAGUGAAGCCAUUUCUGCAUCAUCUUUUCAGCUAGUUUUAUACAGUGAUGUACUUUUGUAGUCGCAGGAUAGUGCAGGAUAACAAAUGCAAUCCUUCUUGGUAAUUAACUGUGUAACCACCUUUAAUUUACAUAGCAGCAGCCCAUCUGUCUCAUUCUCUGUAUCUCUCCAUAUGACUGCAUAUGCCUAUUCUCUAGAUAGUUACCAUGAUGAUUAGGAGCUCGAGUUUAAAUUUAACUCUGUAUUUUGUGAUAAAUGUCAUUUUUAUUCAGUGAUG